AUGGAGAUCAAGAACGACCGUAAGACUGGAAUGGUGACUGUGCGACAAACCAAGUUUCUCAAGUCCGUGUUGACCAAGUUCGGAAUGGAUAACAGCAAGCCAGUGAAGACGCCUCAAGAUCCCGGUCUGAAGCUCACCAAGAACAUGUGUGACCAAGAAUGCAAGUGCGAAGACACCAUGUGCAAUGUGCCAUAUUGA